CAGCCAUUGUUGAAAGUACUUUUUAGCAUUUGACAUUUCCAUAUUUUUUUCAAGGACUCGUCUUUUUUUUAUGUCCUUUACACACACUGCACAUUGCACACACUGGGGCUGCGACACCCGUCCAUAAUUCCCUUUCAUCUCCCUCAUUAGAGUCGAGAUCUAUCCCGAAUAAUUUGUGCGAUACUUUGUGCUUUCUCGAGCUCAGAGCUUGUUUUACCGAUUGCGACCACGAUCCACGAUCCCCGUUAUCCGUCCCUAGUACCCAGUUCCCCGUUGAGAAGAUAAAAAAACCGGUACCCAGCAGAGCUCUCUUUGCCGGCGAAAAGAAUCACGCCUAAGAGGGGAAGCGAAGCUAACGACAGUCAAGUUUCCUUUCUGUUUACUACCGUUUCAUUCCAGAGGUCGAGUGAGAGCUAUCCGUCUCCAAGAUGGCGGCCCUAGGAGACGAUCUGUUGCGGAUUGUAAACCAGUUACAAGACUUGGUUUUUAAUACCAUCGGCACGGACUCUCUCGACCUACCUCAAAUCGUUGUCGUCGGUUCCCAAUCUGCUGGCAAAUCUUCCGUGCUCGAGAAUAUCGUUGGCCGUGAUUUCUUGCCCCGAGGAAGCGGCAUCGUAACUCGACGUCCUCUUAUCCUACAAUUGAUCAACGUAGAAGAGGAUGAAUCGGAACCGGACGUCCACGCUGCUUAUAGGAACCCUACCCAAGCACGCCGCUCCGAAUGGGCAGAGUUCCAUCAUAUUCCCAGUCGAAGGUUUACCGACUUUGGGGAUGUCAAGCGCGAAAUUGAGAAUGAGACCUCACGCGUUGCCGGCAGUAACAAGGGCAUCAACAGGCAGCCUAUUAACCUAAAGAUCUAUUCUCCACAUGUUCUCAACUUAACUCUUGUCGAUCUACCAGGACUUACCAAGGUUCCCAUCGGCGAUCAACCAGCCGAUAUUGAGAAGCAGACCCGGACCCUCAUCUCAGAAUACAUCGCCAAGCCUAAUAGCAUCAUUCUCGCCGUCUCUCCUGCAAAUGUCGACAUCGUCAACUCGGAGGCUCUCAAGCUCGCCAGACAUGUUGAUCCUCUUGGUAGGCGGACGAUCGGCGUUCUUACUAAGGUUGAUUUGAUGGACCAUGGCACGAACGCGUUAGAUAUCCUUUCCGGUCGCGUCUACCCGUUGAAGUUGGGCUUUAUCGGUGUUGUCAACCGAUCACAGCAAGAUAUACAGGGUAACCGUCCGAUGGAGGAGGCUCUGAAAGCAGAGGCGGAGUUUUUCCGACACCAUCCUGCUUACCGGAACAUCUCGAUGCGAUGUGGUACUCAAUAUUUGGCUAAGACAUUAAAUCAGACCCUCAUGGCACACAUUCGAGAGCGUCUGCCGGACAUCAAGGCACGUCUCAACACUCUGAUGGGACAGACCCAACAGGAGCUUGCGAGCUACGGUGACAUGCACUUCAGCGGGAAGGAACACCGUGGUUCUAUGAUUCUCCAGCUCAUGACCCGAUUCGCCACAUCAUUCAUCUCGUCCAUUGAUGGUACCUCUACCGAGAUAUCAACCAAGGAACUUUCCGGAGGCGCAAGGAUCUACUACAUCUUUAAUUCUGUGUUUGGGAGCGCACUGGAGUCAAUUGACCCCACCUCCAAUCUCUCUGCCGUCGAUAUCAGAACCGCUAUUCGGAACUCAACAGGUCCUCGCCCAAGCUUGUUCGUGCCGGAAAUGGCUUUUGAUCUACUUGUCAAGCCCCAAAUAAAGAUGCUAGAGCUCCCGAGUCAGAGAUGUGUCGAGCUUGUAUACGAAGAAUUGAUAAAGAUAUGUCACACAUGCGGUUCGACGGAACUCUCACGUUUCCCGAGGCUCCAAGCCAAGCUCAUAGAAGUCGUCUCGGAUCUUCUGCGAGAGCGGCUCGGACCAGCGUCGUCUUAUGUGGAGUCUCUGAUCAGCAUUCAGCGAGCGUAUAUUAAUACAAACCAUCCCAAUUUCUUAGGAGCAGCUGCCGCUAUGAGUCACGUUGUCACUAAUAAGCAAGAGCGCGAAAGGAAGAAAUUGAUUCAGGAUGAACGAGACCGACGAGAAAAAAAGCGGUUGAAAGAACUUGGCACGAAUGGGACAGACACCCCGGAGAACGGGGAUGACUCUGUCCAUGAAAGGAACGACGUUAUCGAAUCGCGGAAACCGGCUGCAAACGGAUCUCGGAGCAUGUCGCCUGCUGUUCGUCAGAAUGGGACUGCGAGCAUUGCCGCUACUAUGAACGGUGUGCGUUCAAAUUCGCCCAGCCGAUUUAACCCCCCAGCAAUUGGGAAUGCCCGCGAUUCAUUCUUGAAUUACUUUUUUGGCAAAGAUGGCACAGCACAACCUCCUGGAGCCGGAGCUCCCUCUCCGCUCCCGCGCCAUGUCAGCCAAGGUGUAGAGCCUACUUUCAGCCAAAGCAUUCGGCGAGGUGAAGACAAAUUGACCCAUCGGCCUGCGUUAUCGUCUUCGCUGAUACGCGAGGAAGAAAUUCCUCAAGCUGCUGGGUUUGGUUUUGGACCCCACUCGGGAGACAAUGUGGAACCUGCCAUGAGUGACCGCGAGGCAAUGGAGACGGAACUGAUCCGAGCUUUGAUAUCUUCUUAUUUCAAUAUUGUCCGUGAGUCCAUCGCCGACCAAGUUCCGAAGGCGGUCAUGCACCUCCUUGUCAACCACUGUAAAGAUGUUGUACAGAACAGGCUCGUCAGCGAGUUAUAUAAGGAGGCUCUCUUCGAAGAGCUCCUUUACGAAGAUGACGGCGUCAAGAAGGAGCGCGAAAAGUGUGAAAAGUUGCUUCAAACGUACCGAGAAGCAGCGAAGAUCAUUGGCGAAGUGCUAUAAUGGGGUAUUAUGACUCGUCACCUUGUAAUAGAAAUCGGGAGUAUCUCACCUGGGAGAGGGUUAGGUUUUCACGUAGAGAGGAUGCGAUGUCUGGCUUGCUAUCUGUACGAUAAAGAUGGGGGUGACUUGCCCAAGGCCGGCUUCGCUCCGUGUUCUCUGGGGAUGCUUGUUACUUAUUCGCUCCGCACUCUUGUGCUACUAGGAACGGAUGGGCUUGAGGUAUUAGAACACACGAGGCGCACCUUUUUUGUACAUACGGCGCAGCUAUGCUACUCUUGCGUAUCUAGUAUAUUUACCAGCAUCGCUCUCAAAUCGUCGCAACUAACGCUAAUGCUUGCAUGGCGUGUGCUAUUUUCAUCUUGACCCCCCGCAGAAUAAAGGUUGAAGUGGACUUAGCAGCGUACGAGACCAAACAGCCAGGAGGAACAGACCUGACAUUACUUGUAUCAUACAGACAUA